CAUGACGCUUUCCACAGAGCCAAGCAGAAAUAAGUAAUGGCAGCAGCGCGGCAGCGGUGGAUGAAGAGGACGCGUGACGCAGGUGUGCGCAAAGGAAAACUUAUCUGAGGGAAACGGCGGAGCUGCGCCUCUUUACCGGAAUGGAGCGUCUGUGAGAGCGAGCUAAACGAUGGGAGCCGGCGGGAUGGGCCCCGGUGCGGAUUAUUUUCCACGCCUGUGUCGUUUCUAACCCGCUUCGUGGUUUUUUAAAGCCGCCUGGAGAGGAUGAGGAGCGCUUUCCUCCUCCGUGUUUUCGCCUGGGCGGCGUUGCAGCGCUGCUGCGCGCUCACGACUGUACCUGCCACAGCACUGAGCGGCUGUAGAGGAGACGUCCUCGUACUGCUGGACUCUUCGGGAAGCGUGGCCAACUACGAGUAUUCGCACCUGCUGCUCUUCGCCGCCGAGCUGGUUCACCCGUUUCCGCUGGGCCGCGGCCGCGUCCGGGUGGGGCUCCUGCAGGUGGGCACCCGGCCUCACCUGGAGUUCGGCCUGGACGUGCACGACAACCAGGAGAGCCUGCAGAGAGCCAUGCAGCACGUCAGCCAGCUGCAGGGCGACACCAACACCAAGGCGGCGCUCCGGCUGGCCCAGGACCUGCUGAUCGACAGGCAGCGGGUCCCCAAGGUGCUGCUGUGGCUGACGGACGGGGUGCAGCCCGGAGACGUGGACCAGCCCAUGUCCGAGCUGAAGGAGCAGGGCGUGUCCGUGCUGGCCGUGUCCACCGUGCACGCCAACUACAAGGUGUUGCAGCGCGCGGUGACGCCGCCUCUGGACUCCCACCUGUACUCUGUGGACAUCGAUAACAUCAACAUCAUCACACACGACCUGCGGGAGGCCAUCACCAAAAUCAUUUGUGCCGAGCAGCUGCAGGUGGUUCACCUGACUUCCCACAGUGCCGUGCUGCAGUGGCGUCCCGUUGUGGAUGCGGGCAGUGGCUACUAUGAGUUCUGGUACAAACCCGCGAGGACGGCCCACCCGGCGGCGAGACGCACUUUAUCAGGCGACUCCAGGAGAGUAGAGCUCGACAAGCUGCAGCCUGAAACCGCCUACACAGCCUGGCUCCGUCCCGAGAGCAACCGGGGGCUCUUCAGCACGCUCUCCGUCAAUUUCACCACGCUGCCAGACGUUCUGAGCCCGGCGGAGGUGACCGUCUCUGCCUCGGGCCCUCGUCAGGUCCGUGUGAGCUGGGGCCCCCUGCAGCCGGAGCGCGUCCAGAAGUACGUGGUGGAGUACGGCGCCAUACCCAGCGGGGCCGUUGGCACCGUGACGCUACCCAACCGGCAAGCCUCCACCGUCCUGAGCGGCCUGGAGCCCGACGCCCAGUACCUGGUGACGGUCAGCGCGCUGCACGUGGACGGGAAGGAGAGAGCCAUGUCUGUGAGGGCGUGCACGCUGGAAGAAACAGCUCUACCUUCCCUGGCUGACCUUCAGUUGACUCCCGUCGAGCAGCAGGAGGUGGAGACGGAGGCGGAGGAGGUGCAGGUGACGUGGCGAGCCAGUCGGGAUGAGGGUUUGAGGGGCUUCUGGGUCACCUGGGAGAGAGAAGCCUCCCACAGCGCCUCCUCAAACCCGUCCACAUCCUCCGUCUACCUUCCUCCCAACGCGCGGUCAACGCGUCUCGCCCGCCUCGCACCCAGCAGUCGAGUGUGUGUGUCGCCCGUCUACAGCUCAGGACGCGGGGACGGCUUAUGCUGCACUGCUAACUCUCUCAAAGAGGUUAGCCGGUGGGGGUAACGCCUGGAGACUGAAGAACGGGCAGCUGAAGCUAUGAAAAGGGAGAAAACAAGCGUUGUAGCUGGUGGAUGCACUUAAAACCUGAGAGGGACGGAGUCAAGCAGUCAAGUCAAAGUUAAUCACCGUCCAAGGAAAGGUUUUGUGACGUAACUCGGUUCUUUUCCACAAAAAUCCCAGACUUCUUCUCAGCAGCGUGUGAUCACCACAGUGCCCUCAGGUUCAGUUCAAGUCUUUCCUGUGUGAACUGACCCAGGAGAACUUUUUUCUUCCCCUCUGUUUCAUUAUCAGAGGUCAUCAAUUGUGCGGACAUUCACUGCAUUGGUCUCUCCUCAAAGACUGGGAAGCACUCAGGAGUUUUAUAGCUUGUUUCAGCACCGCAGCAGAAGAGUGGAGCAGGAAACCUCUGCAGGGGGAGAAGAGACCGAUGCCUUUCACCGGCGGAGUGGAAUGAGCGGGAGGGAACCUGGACAGGACUUUAAAUCUGCAGGAGAAUAUUUUAGUCACUGCUUCUGAAACAAAUAUCCAUGCUUUGAAUUUAAUGUAGGAAUCAUAUUAUAAAAGAUAAAUAUCACUGGAGGUUUGUAGAAACAGACCCACAUGUUGGUGCAGUGGCUUCAUUCAGUCGCUUCAUUAGAAGGUUGCUGCAAGCUUGUUGGUUCAUAUCAAUGAAGCGUAAAAGGAAUAAACACUCUGAAGACUCAUAGUUAUUGAGAAUAGAGUGUUAGAACCCUCCACAUCAUUUGAUUUCUGGAGCUUUCUCUGAACUGACUGUACUUUGGAUGGGAAUUUAGUUAUCAUGCAAGGGAAACAUCUGCAGGCAAGACAAGCUGGAAUAAUGUUCACAAUUCAUGUUGUAUAUAAAAUAUUCUCAUUAAUAAUUGCAUACAUUUUUCAUUCAGUCUAUUGCCUUCACAAAUGCAACUUUUUUUUCCACCACAGCUCUUUCAUGAGUGCUGAUGAAUGAAUAUGGAAUAACUGCUUGAAGCUGAAGAAGCCUUGAAUCCAAGUAUCUCAAAGACUGCGCUGUCAGCUGCCUGAGAACUUUUUUUUUUCUUGCAAGCAAUAAAUACAGUGUGCAUAGAUGUAUGAAUAUCACACUGCAGGCGUUCUCCGUCUAUUAAACGGUUGCAUCAGAAGAACAUGCUGUAACCAGCCGUGUAACACUGAUUCAUCCUAAUGACAGAUGUGGGUGAUUAUUGCUAUUUUCAUUCAUUUCUUAGAAGAUAAUUAAAGCCGUUCCACAUGUUCUGAUUGAGACUGAGUCAGGGAAGUUAUUUGGUCUGACAAGUAAACUUCAGCCAUUGCUCUCUGCAGCUGCCAUGAAUGCGUUCAAACAGGAGUCCCUGUCGCGUGCCGGUGGGAUUCCUGUAAAGCACAUAGUAACUUAUUGUUUUAUGUCAUUGGCCUUUCCAGAUAGAUUUCAUUUUGUCAUGUUGUCUAAUGUCUUGUGUUUAAGUAUUUAAAGUUAAUCAAGCUCAGCUUCCCAAUAUGCACUGAAUAUAAUGUAUUGAACUUACUUAUGUUGUAUUUUCCCGCUGAAUUUGAAUGUAUCUGCUGAAUUGUUUAUACAGACAAAAUUUAUUAAUAUGUAUUAUAGACAGUACUUGAGCAAUGUUAAGAAAGCACUUGAAUAAAAGGAAAACAAAAGUC